UAUUUGUGUUGGUUAAAAGAAAUUAAGAACAAAACACGUAAUUAAUUGUUAAUUGCCUUUAAAGUAUUGAUCGUCUAGAAAAUAAUGUCUCAAGUAAAAUCAAACAAAAAGUUCAAGUGGGCCCUAGACUUUAACCCGAAAAACAAAAUUCAAGCAACUGAACUACCUUACCCUCCGGGUUAUAGUCAAUCAUCCAACGCGAGCUACACGGAAUCUUCAAAGGAUACCGAUUCAAACAUGCUGCUGAUUAAAAAGUUAUGGGAUGUAGCUUUAGGACCACUAAAGCAAGUACCAAUGAAUCUAUUCAUCAUGUAUAUGGCUGGGAACUCCAUUUCCAUCUUUCCUAUCAUGAUGGUAGGAAUGUUGAUAGUGAGACCAGUCAAAGCUCUAUUUUCUACUCAGAGCACUUUCAAAAUGGUAGAAGGUACCCAAGCAGUUGGUCAGAAGAUUGUGUACUUUAUCGGAAACAUCGUCAAUAUACUUUUAGCACUAUAUAAAUGUCAGAGUAUGGGCUUGCUCCCUACACAUUCCAGUGAUUGGUUAGCUUUUGAAGAACCUCAAACAAGAGUAGAACACAUUGGUGGAGGUAUGUCUUUACUGUGAAUUCAGUAAUCUGUGAAUUCAGUAAUAAUAAACAAAGUUCAGUUUUGUGUACUUUAUUUAAAUUAUCAUUGUAUAGAACUAAUAAAUGGUAUUUACAGAAUUA